UGUUCGGCUUCAGUCACGUGACCGGGGCAUUUGGCGGGGAAUACGCACGCCAUCUUCACUGCUUUGAAAAAUUCGAAACCCUUGCGAACACAGUGUCCGUUCCAAAAAUGACUAGUUCUCCUAAAGAAGGUGCCGCAGAGCCCUUUGACGAUGCCGUAGAGGAGAGAAUGAUCAAUGAAGAAUAUAAAAUCUGGAAAAAGAAUACACCGUUUUUGUACGAUUUAGUUAUGACACAUGCUUUAGAAUGGCCAAGCCUUACUGUCCAAUGGUUACCGGACGUUACAAAACCUGAAGGAAAAGACUACUCCGUGCAUCGUCUGAUCCUCGGCACUCACACAUCUGACGAACAAAAUCAUGUUGUUAUUGCUAGCGUACAGCUUCCAAAUGAUGAAGCCCAGUUUGAUGCUAGUCAUUAUGACAAUGACAAAGGAGAGUUUGGAGGCUUUGCUUCAGUAAGUGGAAAAAUUGACAUUGAAAUCAAAAUCAACCAUGAAGGAGAAGUAAACAGAGCACGGUUUAUGCCUCAGAACCCAUGCAUCAUCGCUACUAAAACACCAAGUGCUGAUGUUCUGGUGUUUGAUUACACAAAACAUCCUUCAAAACCAGAUCCUAACGGAGAGUGCAGCCCUGAUCUUAGACUCAAGGGACACACCAAGGAGGGUUAUGGCUUGUCUUGGAACCCUAAUGUGAAUGGAAAUCUGCUCAGUGCCUCAGACGACCACACAAUCUGCUUAUGGGACAUUAGUAGCGGCAUAUCAAAGGAGCAAAAAACUGUUGAUGCAAUGAGAAUAUUUACAGGGCAUUCUGCAGUGGUUGAGGAUGUAUCCUGGCAUCUUCUCCAUGAAAGUCUGUUUGGAUCAGUUGCAGAUGACCACAAACUCAUGAUCUGGGAUACUCGUCAAACAAACAGCAAUAAAGCUGCUCACACAGUCGAUGCCCAUACAGCUGAGGUAAACUGCCUUUCCUUCAACCCAUACAGCGAGUUCAUAUUGGCCACCGGAUCAGCAGAUAAGACGGUAGCACUGUGGGAUUUGAGGAACCUCAAGCUUAAACUCCACUCAUUCGAGUCUCACAAAGAUGAAAUCUUCCAGGUUCAAUGGUCGCCCCACAAUGAGACCAUACUGGCAUCCAGCGGAACAGACCGCAGACUUCAUGUUUGGGAUCUCAGUAAAAUUGGUGAGGAACAGUCAGCAGAGGAUGCUGAGGACGGACCUCCAGAACUUCUUUUCAUUCAUGGUGGGCACACAGCCAAGAUCUCAGACUUCUCCUGGAAUCCAAAUGAGCCCUGGGUCCUGUGCAGCGUUUCAGAAGACAACAUCAUGCAAGUCUGGCAGAUGGCCGAGAACAUCUACAACGAUGAGGAACUUGAGACACCUGCGUCUGAACUAGAGGACCCCCGCCCCACCUAGACACACUCCACAACAUCUUUAAAGCUAUCUAUUACUACAGCCCACUACACCGACACCAGAACUAGAGGAGCCCCGCCCCACCUAGACACACUACACAACCAUUUAACACCCUAUUACUACACUGCUAUACCAGUGCUAGAACUAGAGCAGCCUGCUAACCUUGGCACUAAUCAGCCAUACUUUUGGAGACACAUGACUUAGAGCAGACCGUGUCAGCUAGACACCCUACUCCUGUUCUUCAACUGGGUUAACUAAUUGGCAUCAUUCACAAACCAGGUGUCAAAGCCAAUAAGAAAAAAAAUGGUUGGAAGUAGAGGUAGUGAAAGCAAAAUUGGUAUUCCCCUACCCUCAUCACCCGAGUUACGUCGACUGUUUUAAGAUUCUCAAUCUAUUCUAGAUUUUGAUUGACCAAUGGGAAAACAACUCCGAUUGGCUGAGGCUCGACAUGAUCAUCCAAUCAAAGACUUUGCUUUACUUUUUGUAUCAGGGUUGUUUAGGGGCCGACCAUUUGAUAUCUGAGGGGGCGGGGGUAAAAUAACAUUUCCCUGCUCGAUGUUUUUUAUUGCAACCAGAUCGCUUUUCUCUGCCUUUUAACCAUUAAUUACUUGUUCGAUUUUUCUUUCUAUAAAUUUUGGCUUUUUAAGAUUCUCGUUACUGACUCAUCAGAUUCGGAAUUGUCGACCCCUAACAUAUAAUUUUUCUUGUUACAAGGGUAGAACUCUCUCUUCUUUUGUAGUGAACGUGAUAUUAUUUUGUAAAAAAGUAAAAAAAAACUUAAAAUAUUUGAAAAUGCA